UUUAUAGAAUUCUAUGUGUUUUGCUAAUAAAAAAAUAUUAACUGUUUCUAGUUAUCUUAUCAAGUUCAAAAUAAAGAUUUUAGUGGUUAUGCCUGCUUAAUUAUUGUGAUACUUAGUCAUGGUUCACGUCAUGAAGAGAUUGCCGCCAAAGAUGGUCACUACUCGAUAGAUGAUGAUAUGUUAUUUCCUAUAUUAAAAAAUCGUUCUCUCAACGAUAAACCGAAAUUAUUUUUCAUACAAGCUUGCAAAGGUUCUAUGGAAACUUUGGGCCAAUAUAAGGACGCUGUACCUUUUCAAGCCGUUGGCAAUGCUAGUGAAAUUCUAAAAUGUUACAGCACUUUUGAAGGAUUUGUGUCUUAUCGCUCUGACAAAGGCUCAUUAUUUAUACAAACUUUAUGUCAAAAUCUUAAAUUAUUUGGUUGCACUAAAAACAUUAAAGACAUUAUGGAACUGGUGACGCAAAUUGUUAAACAACAGUCACAAAGUAAGCAAAUACCGGCCUAUACAAACAUCCUCACGAGACCUUUUGUGUUUGGCGAUUACGUGAAAUGGGUUCAGUAGAGCAAAAAUAAACCUCUUCCCCAAAAAUUAUUUGGAUUAAUUCGCAUUUACAUUUGACAUUUGGUUGAUGGGACAGACAAAAAUUUUACAUUAAAUAAUACUGAAGUACUAUUAAGGAA